AUGGCGGGAGUUUGGGACCAGGUGAUCUAUCUAAUAGAAAAUGUUUACAUAGCUUCGAGAAGCAGGAAGGAGCCCGAGUCCCCCCAGGCCAGCGCGGUCCCUGAGCACAGGCUGCUGAUGAACAGCAUCACUGUUUCUAAGAAACGCAGCUGGCUGCAGCAGAGCACCCACCGACCUCCUCCUCCUCCUCUGGAAGAAGAAAAUGCCUGUAAGGAAACGCCCGGGGCUGUUAUCCCGGUACCCAAAUCUCCCAUCCCGCUGCCUGAACCCACAGUGCCGCGGGCUCCUUCUGUGUCACCGGUGGGGUGGGAGCACCCUGUACGAAGCUGCACUCCUGUCAGUGGCACCGGAAGCCCUGCUGUGCCGAGGAGCCCUGCUUUGGACUUGGGUGAGGAUAAUGAUGCAGAUGAUGAAGGAGAAAUAUGGUACAACCCGAUCCCUGAAGAUGAUGAGCCUGACUUGCCGAGGGUGCGCCCUUCUGCUGUGAAUAGCCCUAUUGCUGUGGGCUCCCUGGCUAUUCGGUACAAACCGCUCCCUGGAGGUGACUCUGGGAUGUCUGCGGGUCCCCAUGAGGGUCCUCCAUGCUCCAUGGAGAGCACAGGGAACAGUCGUAUGGUUCAGCCCAGCGAAGUGAGUCAGGCCGACGCUGCAUAUCCUGGGGAGCAAAUGCAGCAGCACCGGCAGAGGUUUGCCUGCAAGGCUCCCAGUGUGCCUGCAGCGGAGGACAAUCCUACCUUUAAGUGCCCUUCAACAGGGGCUGGAGGUGUACUUGCACACAAGGCUGAUAUUCCCUCAACAGAGGUUUCUCCUCCAAGUCCCAGUCCUCUGAAAAAAAGUGGAUCAAUCAACUGGCCUUUCCCUGAUAGAAUUAAAUCUCCCAGAACUGUGAGGAAGCUUUCCAUGAAAAUGAAAAAGCUGCCAGAGCUGAGCAGAAAGCUGAGUGUCAAGGGAACUUCAAGCCAUACUAGUUCAGAUAAUCCUCCUUCCCUGCUGAAAGCCAGGGAUACAAGCCAUACAGUGUCUUUGCCAUCUUCUGGAAACUCAACUACGUUUAGUCGUUACCACCUCGACAGCAGUGUGUUGUCGCAACACACCCCCAAAAAGAAAAGGUCGAGGAGCUCCAAAUCCUUCAGCAAAGGUGGUUACCUCAGUGAUGGUGACUCUCCCGAACUUAUAACAAAAUCAGGUAAACACGGGCAUGAAACCAAGUGUGGAAAAGGAAAGGAGAGCCUUCCGAGCAGCAGUGGUAAAACCGAAAUAGAUAUCGAUGCCUUCAAACACUACAACUUUUCUGAUCAACCCAAGUGCUCUCAGUACCUCUCUGGACUCAUGAGCAUUCACUUUUAUGGUGCUGAAGACUUGAAACCACCAAGAAUAGACUCAAAAGAUGUCUUUUGUGCAAUACAGGUUGACUCAGUAAACAAAGCAAGAACAGCCUUGCUUACGUGUAGGACAACGUUCCUAGAUAUGGACCACACGUUCAACAUAGAAAUCGAAAACGCACAGCACUUGAAGCUGGUGGUGUUCAGCUGGGAGCCCACCCCAAGGAAGAACAGGGUGUGCUGCCAUGGAACCGUGGCUCUUCCCACUCUCUUCCGAGUGGCAAAGACUCAUCAGCUGGCUGUCAAACUGGAACCGAGGGGGCUUAUUUAUGUCAAGCUGACGCUCAUGGAGCAGUGGGAGAACUCUCUUGAUGGCCUCGAUGCAGAUCGGGAGCCGGUGAUGUUUGGGGUAGAUGCUCGGAAAGUUGUAGAGAAGGAAAACGCAGGCUUGAUGGUGCCACUUUUGAUGCAGAAAUGCAUCCUGGAGAUUGAAAAGAGAGGCUGUCAGGUGGUAGGCCUGUAUCGGUUAUGUGGCUCAGCAGCAGUUAAGAAAGAACUUCGAGAGGCAUUUGAGAAGGACAGCAAGGCGGUUACCCUCUGUGAAAGCCAGUACCCAGAUAUUAAUGUCAUAACAGGCGUCCUAAAGGAUUACCUGCGAGAGCUACCCUCUCCCCUGAUAACCAAGCAGCUCUAUGAAGCAGUGUUGGAUGCCAUGAUGAAAAAUCCCUUGAGAAUGACAGCAGGUGGCUGCGAGAACGACCCAAGUGACUCUGAGCACACAGCAGCCCUUCUAGAUUGCCUGCCAGAUGUUGAGAAGGCUACCCUGAAGAUGCUGUUGGAUCACCUGAAACUAGUGGCUUCUUACCACGAAGUAAACAAGAUGACAUGCCAGAAUUUAGCUGUAUGUUUUGGGCCUGUGUUAUUGAGCCAGAGGCAGGAGACCACCAACCAUAACAACAGAGUCUUCAUAGACUCUGAGGAGCUUGCUAGUGCCUUGGACUUCAAAAAGCACAUAGAAGUUCUUCACUAUUUACUCCAACUGUGGCCAGUACACCACUCACCUGCCAAAGAGCCAGCACAUCUGAAUGCAUUUCCUGAGCACCCAUCCUCCCUGAAUUACCUGAGACCCAAGAGGCAGAGGCCUCAGAUGCUGAAUCUGAGCGGUACCGAGAUGUCUGGGGUACUCAGACCAAGGCCAGCAGGUCUAAACAGCCCAUCGAGCAACCGCUACGCUGGAGACUGGAGUAGCUGUGGAGAGAACUACUUCUUAAACCCAAAAGACUGCCUGAGUGAAGCAGACUACGAUGAUGUCCCUUCGGAAGACACGGAGAGCGGGGAUGACAGCAGCAAAACUGAGGAGCCAGAUGCCCUGGCAGGACACCCACAGUCCAUUCCCAGAGAGCACACGUUUCAGAGCUAUUUGACAAUGCAAGCGAUAGACUCCGCAGUGGAUCACAGAGCAAACCUCAAAGACUUGCAGGAAAGUAUUGAUACUCUGAUAGGAAACCUGGAAAGGGAACUCAACAAAAACAAACUAAAUAUGAGUUACUAA